AUGACGGUAUUCGACGGGGUCCGCCAGGAAGAGGCCGAACCUGGCAUGUGGCCAGAGGGUUUGGAGAAGUUGCCUCUGGACGAAUGCACGGGGAACUUUUCCAAGAGCGUAAGGAGCCUGGGUCUCUCAUUGAUGGCAGAAGGUCUCGCACCGCCAUACAAGAUGCGUGUUAAUGGUUUCCAACUUGGUCAGUUUGGCAUGGCACUCGACAUCAUGGGAGCGACAGAGAGAGAGGAGAAGCGUAUGAGAAGACUGCGCUCCAGGCUCGCUGACGCCUUCGGGUUCCGCGCCCCUAACCACCUGACGUACCCGUUUCACGUUAGCAUAGCGUAUCUAAUCCGGUGGCUGGAAGGCGAGGAUCAAGCUGAGUUCGAGAAAGCCGUCGCAGGUUGGCUGCCAAAGAUAAAGACACGCUUUGAGCUUGGAACGGUUGAAUUCUGUACCUUUGAUGAGAUGUUCUCGUUUCCCAGACUUUUCUAA